CUUUUAACCAGAACCGAAAACUACCCACAGCGGAUCAGUCCGAAACUCAAGUAGUGAGAACCAGCUCCACGGUUGCCGCCACUCUGAAGCAUGAGACCACCAAGAGGACGUGGCGGCGGAGGGUUCAGGGGGGGCAGAGAUGGCGGAGGAUUCAGGGGAGGUCGAGACGGUGGCCGCUUUGGCAGAGGAGGAGGCCGUGGCUUCGGCGGUCGCGGUUCUUUUCGAGAUGAAGGCCCACCUUCAGAAGUCGUAGAGGUUUCUACAUUUCUGCACGCUUGCGAAGGAGAUGCAGUGACGAAGCUAACCAAUGAAAAGAUUCCGUAUUUCAACGCUCCUAUUUACCUGCAAAAUAAAACACAGAUUGGUAAAGUUGAUGAGAUUUUCGGCCCAAUCAAUGAGUCGCUGUUCUCCAUCAAAAUGAUGGAAGGAAUUAUUGCAUCAUCAUAUUCUUCAGGUGAUAAGUUCUACAUAGACCCGGCUAAGCUAUUGCCCCUAGCCAAGUUCCUUCCAUUACCCAAGGGACAUCCCCAAGCUGCCCGUGGUGGAGGAGGUGGUGGGAGAGGGAGAGGAGGAAGAGGCCGUGGCGGAGGUGGUGGCUUCCGUGGAAGAGGUGGACCACGUGGACGUGGACCACCAAGGGGCCGUGGUGGUUUUAGAGGCCGAGGUGGAAGAGCAUAGAAUUGGUGUUUGUAUCUUUUAUUUACUUCUCCCUUUUAGUUGUUGUGAUGCUUAUUUUAGCAAAGGUAUUGUAGUAGCAAUUUGAACAUUUCAUUCUGUCCUUAAACACAAUCUUUUCUCUGUUUCUAUUUAAGUCUAUGGUUGAUAAAACAAUGAACAUGUGUUAUAUAUGGACUUUUAUUCAAGAGUCUUUAAGGAUGGACUAAACCGG